AUGGAAGAUAAAGAGCGUGCUCACCGUGAUGCCCAUUUUCAAGAAGAGUUGGAGUCUCUGAAAACAAGCGUAGCUCGCCUCACUAGCUUACUCGAGCAAACACUAAGAAAUACCUCUGGUGAAGGUCCUUCUAACCGACCGGUCACCUUUAAUCCGGCUUCUACUACAAUUCAGCCUGAAGAAAGAAUGAGCGAACAUGGUCAAGAGCCUCAACAAAAUCCAACAUUUGUGCAGUCAACGACACAUGCACCUACCCCAACAGUCAUGGAGGCAUCUGCUAACGAGUCCCAUAAGAUAGAGGCGCUGAAAGCCAGAAUCAAAGUCAUUGAAGGGGUAGACUUAUAUGAUCCAGUAAGGGCAGUAGAGAAGUGUUUGGUCCCAAAUGUGGCUGUCCCGAAGAAGUUUUGUGUUCCGGAAUUCAUCAAAUAUAGUGGAACACAAUGCCCCAUGACUCAUCUCAAGUCCUACUGUAAUAAAAUGGUAGAGGUAGUACAUGAUGAAAAACUAUUGAUGCACUUUUUUCAAGAUAGUUUAAGUGGGGCAACAUUGAGCUGGUACAUGAGAUUGGACAACACAAAAAUCCAGAGAUGGAAAGAUCUGGUGGAUGCUUUUGUCAAGCAGUACAAGUACAACAUGGACAUCGCUCCCGACAAAACCAGCUUGUCAAAUAUAGAGAAAAAGAAAAAAGAAAGCAUAAGGGAAUAUGCUCAAAGAUGGCGAGAAUCAGCUGCUCAAGUCCGUCCUCCACUUCUGGACAAAGAGAUGGUCUCUUUAUUUGCAGCACCAUAUUACGAACAUGUGAUGGGUAGUUCAGCCCAGCAAUUCACUAACAUUAUGCUAGUGUGUGAACGUAGAAAGCAAGGUGUCAAGAGUGAUAGAAUUUCUGCACCCACCGAGAAAAAAGGCUUCAAAAGAAAAAAGGUCAACCAUGUUGAAGAUGGCUACAGGGGUAGGAAAAACUCACCCCAAAACUACCACACUCCAUCCCAAAUUGCCAACAUCAAAAAACUUGAGCCCCAAAACUUUCAAGCUAAAAGCCAAAUUGGAAAUUACGAAAGGGUCCAAGAACAACUACCUCCAUUACCGCUACCCCUGAAUGAGAUGUACCAGAAGCUCUUAAGCAUUGGGCAUGUAGCUCCCAAACCUCUGGUACCUUUGCAGCCACCUUACCUCGGCUGGUACAAGUUAGAGCUCAUUUACGAAUACCAUGUUGGUGUUGCCGGACAUGACAUCCAUACUUGCAACACCUUCAAGAGAAAGCUUCUGCAAUUAAUCAAUGCAGGGUGGGUAGCAUUUGAAGACAGUCCUAAUAUGAACACGAACCCUCUACCUAAUCAUGUUUGA